GAAUACAUAUGAAUUGAUUACUUUCAAAUUGUAGGUAUGUAGUUGUUACCUGGUUACAGGCCACCCAUGAUGAAUUCAAAUUUGCCCAAAUGGAACCAAAGGGCAUUAUAAUGUCAGAUGACAUCACAAAGUCAAAUAAGCUAUAAGAUGUUCAAACCAACACAUAUUCAACAGAAACACUAAAAUGGGAGGAUUGUGCUGUUGUAUGAAGAAAAAGAAGAAUCUUGUUUGUUUACCGAUUCCACCUGAAGUGCUGCCAGCAGAUGCAAGUUUGGUGCCUGCAACCAUUUUGGGAGACCAGAAGAAGAAAGACAGGAAUCAAAUCCAAUGUGAUUUGGUUUUCCUUCCUUCUUCCUCUUUGACACCACUUGCCCUGCUAUCUGGCGGAACUCCACCCCUCUCAAACCCUGGAUCCCCUGCCAAAUCAACCUCCAAUCUGUCCUCCAGAGUCAUCUCAAUCUCCUCCUUCCACCUGUCUUCAGAGGAAGGAUCACAGCCCUCUCCCCCUGUGAGAGAGUCUUGUGUUUCCCUGACUGACUCCACCCUGUCAUCUUCUGACUCCACCCAGACAUCUUCUAAUCCCACCCAGUCUUCCUCUGAUCCCCCCUUUUCAUCACCUGACUCCUCCCACUCAUCUCCUGCCACUCCCCCUGGUCUUCCCUGCCCUUCCUCCCCAGUACACCUAUCCCCUUCUGCCCCCCGGUGCUGUUCUCCCAAGCCCCUGGACCACCAUGGAGAGACCUUGAAAGACAUUGAGAACACCAGCCAUCUGAAGAGCUUCCCAGUCAAAGAGGUGGGAGCAGUUCUUCCACAGGAGAAGACAGUGGUGCCUCAAAUUGUUGCACCUGCAGAGGCCUCCAUUGACAAGAGAGCCUCCUCUGUCUCCCUGGAAAGGCCUUAUGUCAGAUCUGGGGGCCCCCUGGCCCAUCUCUCCAUCCUCUUCAACAGGAGGGGCACCCAGAUAGAGAGGCAAAGAUGCAAAGGCGAUGUCAAAGACAACACCAAGCUCCUUGGGUUGCCCAACAUCGGAAACACCUGUUUUAUGAACUCUGCUCUGCAGUGCCUGUUGGAACUGCCUGCAUUCUGCAGAGUCAUCCUAAGACAGCAGGACAUCUGGAGUUCCUACCCCUCUUCUAAACUGCUCCGCUGUUUUGCUGAAUUACAGACUGCAAGGCUUUCUGAAGGCCCAUCUAAAUCUAGGACAAGGGAAAAGAAGAAAAUCCUUAAAACUGUCAAAAGCUGCCUGUCCAUUGGCCACCAGGACUAUCAGGACAACGAUGAACAGGAUGCCCAUGAAUUUUUGGUGCACCUCCUGUGUCAGCUGAAGGAGGAGGGUAUGGCACUGAAGGAGUCACCAGAACCGUACAUCUGUCCGGUGAAGCAGCUGGAAUUCACACUGAACACUACGCGUACCUGUACCAGCUGUGGAACUGUAGUUUUUGGUCAGGAGAAAUACAACCACCUGUCACUAAGUCUAAGCGCUCACCUGAGACAUAGCCUGGAACACUACUUCAUGCCGUCUCCAUUGGAAUGUAAAUGCUGGGACUGUUCAGGCAGCAUGGCAUCUGUGUCCACCCACUUCUUGACACUGCCUCGGGUGCUAAUGCUUCAUGUGAAGCGGUUUUGUGCAGAUGACUGGGAGCCAAAGAAGGUAGAGGACCCCAUGUUUAUCCCAGAAGAACUUACUCUCCAGGGCCUUUGUGGGGAAACUGUCCAGCCUGGUGACAGUACCAUCGAUUCACAAAGGGUGAGGUCACUGGGAAACAACAGCGUGGUCAACACUCCACCAAACUGCCCUUCUAGUUCAGCUUCAAAUGGUUCAGACCAGCAAGCAAAAGCAGCUGACAGGGAGAAAAGGCAGCAGACAGCCACAGUGAGAUACCAGCCAGAACCUGUUUAUAGAUUGUCAAGUGUGAUCUCUCAUCUGGGAGACAGCUUGUAUACAGAGGUCAAGGGAAAGAUAUUUAUCAGACAAGUUGAUUCAGGUGUGCUAGAUCUUCAAUGUCUGGGCACCCCAAGGAGAGGUUUGAGACCCACUGAAAAAGGCCUAAUGUCAUUCCCUGAUUUUUUUGCUGAACUUCUGGCCACUACAUCACUGAUCUGCUGGACAGCCAUGGUAGUGGAUGGCUCUGUAUGGAUGAUGCACGUGUCCGUAGGACAGAUGUGGCCACUGUACUCAGGACCAGAGCUCACACUGCCUACAUCCUCUUAUAUGUGUGCAGUGGAGCAGGUGAAGGAGACCAGGCACCUAAGAUACAGAAUUAGAAGAGCUUCCAGAUGAAUCUGUCUGACCAAGACCACCAAGGGGAUCAAAAGCUGCAUGAUUUUGUAUGAAGAGUGGACAACUGAGGGGAACUCUGGGGCAGGAACACAAGAUUUAAAGGGUUGCAACCGCUGGGUGGAGAGCGUCUGUGAAACUGCAGACAGAGGAGCUAACAUGAAUAGAAAACAGCUACAAAACAAUAAAUGAGAUCUGAAUAUUUCUGUAUAAUUUAUUAAGACCUGAUACAGAAGUGAGACUGGUGUGGGGUCUUCUCUUUCCUUUCUAGAAACUUUGGGAUCUUCAGACGUCCGUGGGUCUUCAUUUUAAUCAGACCCGGAUCUUUUCCUUUCAGCUGCUUCUGGAUUUUUGACUACGACCCUUGCCUUGGAGACUCACCGACUACGUUUUAAGCCUUCGCCCCUCCUGUACCUUUGCCUGGUUACACAGUCUUCACCCGUGUCUGAACCUGCCUGUCCUCCACCUAGUUACUGCCUCACCCUACUGGAACUAUUACCUGCUGUGUGUGACCCUGCUUGACCACCACCAUUACUGCAUUACCCCUAG